AUGACGAAUGGCAACGGCGCGUUGAUUACGAGCCGGAAAUUUGAGCAACAGACAAGCCCCAUGGCGAAGCACCACAAGCUUUUGAAAGGAAUGCAUUCGCCCAACACUAUGCUCAAGUUGUUGAUGCUACUCUAUUGCCGGAAUCUCGUGGUGACUGCAUGGAACUGCAAGACUCUCUCAACCCAGCUUCCGCUCCCGUCUCACAUGACACGAUAUAAGAACCUUGCAACAUAUUUCAUUGGUCUCUUGGCAUUGGGGGAUCUUCGAGUCUACGACAUAUAUGGAAGCGGUCCUUUGUUGUCUGCGGUAGAUCAACGAUCAACGCAUUUUUCAACUCAAAUCAGUACCAGCUAUAUCACCAUGACAUCUCCGCACGCCAAUCAAGAAGCUCUCAAGAUCAUUCUUACAAAAUUGAAUCGUCUCGAACUUCGCUUCAAUGAAAUAGACGGCAGGCUAGGUGCCAUUGAAUGCUCUGUGGUAUCUGACACCAGCACAAACCUUCCAAGCAGCCCAACGGCUCGACAGUCCGUGUCAAGCUGUACAUGCACCCUCAGUGAUAUUCCUCAACCGCUAUUCCAAGAGAAUUACAAACUUCGGCAAUGUUCUGCUUCGACAUACAGAGCUUCGGUUGAUAGACUACGCCGUCGCUUCGAAUUCGAUGCUUGCUCUGAGAUCGCCCCAAGAAUCUCCGAGGAAGAAGUCGUCUCUCCAGAAUUCGAUUUAGAGGAGAUAAUCGACGGCUACUCCGAUGCUCAAUCCGUAUCUGUCUACCCGUCACGCUCGGUAUCACGGUUUUCGUUUGGUCCUCGCGAAUCGAGGCCGAGUCGCGAUAUUCCCGAUAUUCCCUCUCUACGAUAUGAAGACUUGAUGGUUCAUGCUGAGCAGACUUCGUACACGGAGUCAAGUAGACGGAGCAGAAGAAGCUCAGCGACCGAAACAUUGUCAGAGAUAUACAACUCGCCUAGCACGGCUGCGACUUCAUUUACUCAAGGAUCAUGGGCUGGCAGCAGACGAAGCUCGACUGCGGGCACUUGCAGCAAAAGAAGGGGCUCACUUCGACGUGCCGGUACCCUAAAAAUCAAUGAAGGCCCAAAGACAGAAAACAGAAACAUAGACGCUCCUACGGGGAUGGAACUGGACCUGCCUGUUGCUACAAAGACAAAUUUCAUGAGCGCUGGGGAACGAGAAGACGUCUUGCGUGUCUACCAGAAGGCACAAAAAAGGGCUAAGGCAUGCGUCACUUUUGGCCAAAGAAAAGUCCAAAAUAUCAGGCUUCGGACCGCGGCCCCGGAGCUCAUCAACUUUGGCACCGCCGGCGAUACCGUCGGAACCGGACUCAGCGCUUCAGCAUUUCCCGUCCUCAAAGGCUCGCUUGCUCUCGCAUACCUGCUUAUUGAAAUGACCAGUCAGAGCAAGAUAUUACACCCGCUCGUCGUCCCUAUCAAGCGGGAUGAUCAUUCGCCCAAACAAAUCGGUUGA